AUGAAAAGUCCAAUCCUUGAGGCCUGUGCCUAUGGACAACUGGAAACAAUUGAACAUUUACUUAAGGAAGGAGCAGAUCCAUGUGUAAAAUCAUAUUGUGGCCGAACGGCUUUGCAUGAGGUAUGUAUGGGAGGGCACAUUAGUUGCCUUGAGCGUCUUUUAGAAUUACAGUGUGAUGUCGAUGCACAAGACUCUGAGGGGUUGACUGCAGCACAUAUAGCUGCCUUCAAUGGAGAAGAGGAAUGUCUCAGGAUUCUUGCUACCAAAGGGGCCAAUCUAAUAUUGGGUGAUAAACAUGGCCGACUUACCAUUCACUUGGCAGCCAUGAGAAGUCAUUUCCAAAUCCUCCAUCUUUUGUGCAAUGGUUAUGGCAUCAGUUUCUAUGUUAGAUGUAACCUUGGCAAAACUCCACUUCACUAUGCGACUCAAUAUGGCAGUCUUCGGUGCCUGAAGUAUUUGGUUCAACAUGGCUGUGAAGUGAAUUACUUAGACAAUUUGGGAUUUUGGGCAGCCUACUAUGCUGCUCGCUACAAUCGACUUGAGUGUUUGCGUUAUUUAAUGGAACAAGGCACAAGUGUAACUUGUUCACAGAAGGACAACAAAACUCUACUUCAUGUGGCAGGAUUUUAUGGAUCUGUGAAUGUCUUACAUUGGUUACUGGAACGUGGAUUUAAUCCAAAUACCCAAGAUGACCUAGGCAAUACAGUUGGCCACCAAGCAGCUUUGAAAGGCAAGCCAGAAUGUUACAGUUGCUUUCUGAAUCAUGGAGGCAACCCCAAACUAAUUAAUCUGACAAAUGAUAACCCAAUGGGCACAGCAAAACGAGCUGGGCAUGUUCUACUUCUACAGAAAGCAGCCAACAAAGAAAUUCUGUGUCCAUUAUGUGAAAAUGCAUUGAAAAAGAAAGAGUGGAUCACAGCACAUCCAAACAUUUCAAAGGAAAAUAAGUUUUUAUCUUAUCGCAACAAUCAGAAAAUGAGUCUUUCAUCUCCUUUAUCGAAAGGGCAAACUUAUUUGGAACUGUACACGAAGUGUAAUUUAAGGGAAAAACCAAUGUUAUUAAAAUGUGCCACGAAUCCAAAUGCAGAGUUGGAAACCAAUUCUUUAUCAAAAUCUAUGUCUUGCAUUUCCUUCAAAAGUACUGCCUCCAAGAAUUUUGUUCAUCCUAACAACCUUUUCACAUUCUCUAUCUGA